CAAAUGCUGCGGCGGCGACUUUUCAAUCCGAUCCCCACCUCUCUGCUCCAUGGGGCCCAGCUGCGGCGGCGGCGACAGCGACGGUGAGGUCGCCGCCAAGCAAAUCCAAUCCCCACCGUUCCGCUCCAUGGGGCCCAGCUGCUGCGGCAGCGACGGCGGCGGCGACGGUGAGGUCGCCACCAAGCGUGCCAAGCUCUCCUCUGACGCCUCCGCCGGCGCCGGUAGCGAGGACCGCCUCAGCGCGCUUCCCGACGACAUCCUGGUACUCAUCGUCCGCUAUCUCGGCACCCGCGCCGCCACGCGGACCAGCGUCCUCUCCCACCGCUGGCGCCGCGUCUGGGCCCUCCUCCCGGCGCUCCACUUCGGCUACGCUGAAGAUCCCCGCCAGAUCGGCCCCGCCCUCGAGGCUCACGAGGCAGCCCUCUUGGUCCUCUCCGUCUUGACCCGAGAUGCGGACCCCGACUCCGUGUCGGCCUGGCUCCCCGUCGCCGCGCGCCGCCUCUCCGGCAGCCUCUUAUUUCAUAAUACUGAGCCGGAGAGGAACGUUCAGGAAGGCGAUGACGAGGAGGCCGCGCAGAGGGGCGCCUUUGAGCUCCCCUGCCUGGAGCGCGCCACGGAGGUCUUGCUUCACCUAGAUUUCCUCGGCCUCGCCGUGCCGCCUGCCGGCGUCUUCGCUCGGCUCACCGAGCUGUGGCUGGAUCGCGUUCGGCUCUACGGCCCGGGGGAUCUCGGUGACGCGGUUUCCUGGCCGCGAUGCCCGUGCCUGCAGAAGCUCACCGUCCGUGACGCCAGGGGGCUGGACAACCUCGCCAUCCAUUCCGAUUCUCUCCGUCAAGUGGUCCUCACUGAUCUGCAAGGCUUGCGGCAGCUCAACAUUGUGGCGCCGGCUCUUGAGGAGUUGCAAGUUGCACACUGUUUCUUCUACAGUCGGAGCCAACCGGUUGCCAGCAUCACUGCGCCUCAGCUGGCAACCCUUGCGUGGAUGGAACCAUAUGAUCCAAGCUCCGUCCAUCUUGGCGAGAUGAAACUUCUUCGAUUACUGAGGCCUUUCUUCUUUAUUGUUUAUGGGCCUCACAGCUUUCCAUACAACCAAUCUUGUUUAAGUCUCUUGCGGCGUUUCAGGGUCAUCGAAUGUCUUACGCUCGGACUGGCCUAUCCGUGGGACACAGAUGACUAUCACUAUAUGAUGGAAGACAUGACAAUGCUACCGGACAUCACGAUUUUGCACCUGAAUGUAUUGGCACACGGACAUGCUUUUGGGGCCAGCGCAUUCCAUGUUCUCAGGAUGUGUUCUAGUAUCAAAAAGCUGAUGCUGUCAUUUGUUCCUCCUACUUUGGUGGAGGCACAAGCUACAUGCCCACCAGGUUGCAUUUGCCAUGAGCACCAAAACUGGGAAACCGAGCACUUGUUGUUGAAUCGCCUCAAAGAAGUAGAAGUCACUCGGAUGAGAGGAUCUGAACAUGAAGUUACUUUUGUGAAGCAGCUGUUCAAUUGGGCGACUUCCUUAGAAAAGAUGAGGGUAGUUUUCGACGAGCCGGUUACUGAAAGCGUCACCAAGGAGUUGUCCCAGGUGCUACGAAGCUUUGCUAGGCCGGAAAUACGCAUGGAAAUCCACACGUAUAUGGAGGACUUUCUGAAGAACUCGAAGACUAAUUAAGGCACCGGGGUUGUCGAUUUGUCUCUGUAGUUUUCCUCUUUGGUAUGUAUGAACUUCUCAUUUGCUGGCAUGCUGAGGAGUGGAAGUCAAGACAGUCUUGUUUAGAUCAUCAGUACAAUGACUCUGUAAUGCACAUUUACAAGCCUUUUAUGUAGAAUGCCCAGGAUGAUCUUUCUUCUAUCACUAAAGCGCCUAAUUAGGCUGUUGUAGCAGCAAAUUUUCCCUGCAGUAACAGAUAAUUGUGUUUUUUUUAUUUGUGCUGUAACAGAAAAAUUUUCUUUUU